AUAUAUAGUAGUAACAUACCAAAUUUGGAACUUGUGAUUAAUCCCAGUACCUUAUCUUUUUACUUAAAAGAGCAGAACAUUGCAACUAAAUUCAUACUUCUAAACUUAUUCUAAUAUUAUUAACACGUCAAUAUUUCAAAAUGAUAAAGACUUUAAUUGUAUUUUGUAUGACAUUAUUGUCAUUAGCCAGCUGUAUACCGAUCCUAGUAGAAGACGAAGAAGGCCAUCAGUAUUACUUAUCUCCGAUAGAAGAGAGCAUAUUAAGCAGACAUAGAAGGGAAGAGCCAAAACUCCCAGGCCCUAAUGACCCCAAAGCAUUUGCAGAGUAUAAUGCAAAUAAGCAUUCGCAAGGUGGUAAAUUUGUUUAUCAAAAACCUGAUGGUUCGGGAUUUAGUAUUGGCCAUGGUCAUGCCAACGGAAUGGGUCAUACAUGGAGCGUAGAUGGCAAAGUGCCCGUGUAUUCUGGAAAAAAUGCGCUCGGGGACUAUUCUUUUAACUUGGGAGCAGGUACUACUCAACACUAUGGUGGAUGGCCUGGAAAUAUGAAUAUGGACAAGAGAAUUCACGGUGGAUUUGUCCAAAGAUUUUAAAAUUUUGUAUUAUUAUUAGUAUUUCAAGAUGUUGAAGAAAUAAAUUAGAACUUAUGUAUAAUAUUUAGACUUUAUUAAAAACAUUUGAAUUAUGGUAUUAAGAAUAAAUAAUAUAUGAACUAUGAAAAAUA